AUCACAGCUGCCGUAAAUGAAGUAAACUGUCGGGGAUUUCAUUUCCGGCAAAUAUGGCUCUGUUGUGCUGUGGUUGAUCGUGAAACGAUAACAAAACUUAGCGUCUUGCUUCGGAUUUAGGUUCCAAUGCGUAUUUUUGACUGUUUUUCAUCCAUUUUAGCAGCAGUUGCUUACUCUUUAUUUUCUAACGUUAGGCGCCAUGGAGACAGAGGAACAAGCGAGGAACCGCUUCCAGUCUGAACUGGAGUUUAUCCAAUGUUUGGCCAAUCCAAACUAUCUCAACUUCCUGGCUCAGAGAGGCUUCCUCAGGGAGAGAACCUUCAUCAACUACCUAAAGUAUUUGCUCUAUUGGAAGGAGCCCGAUUAUGCUAAAUUUCUCAAGUACCCCCACUGCCUGCACAUGCUAGAGUUGCUGCAGUACGAGCACUUUCGCAAGGAGCUGGUCAACGCUCAGUGUGCCAAGUUCAUCGACGAGCAGCAGCUGCUGCACUGGCAGCAUUACUCCAGGAAGCGUACGCGUCUGCAACAGGCGCUCGCCGAGCAGCAGCAGCCACAGCAGCCACAGCCGACUCACGGCAACGCCGCCGCCAAGUGAUGACAGCCAUGUUUCUGCGCACUGCUGCUGUCGAGCCUAGGCUACGCUAAGGAAGCUAAAGUCGAACAUGUUCACUUUGUUGUUUUUGUAGUUUAGGAAGGCAACCAACCUUGCUUUUUGUUCAUUCUUGCCACGCAAAUGUAACGUUAUGACAGUGCUAUGUUGCU